AUGGACGGCACUGCUUCGUUGAAGGAAGUCUCCGAGGGGGCCGCCUGGGGCGAGAGAAUGCUGGACGCCCUUGGGGCUCGGAAGUUUUUGUUGGGCGACCUCGCUCCGAGGGCAGGGGGGAAGUCUGAUCGCGUCGCUGCGGGGCAGCUUCGGGGACCAAGGAUCCAGGCGAACACGCCCGACAGGAUUUCCACCGAUGUCGACUCGCUCUGGGCAGGGGCCUCCGCGUUCGAGAUAGCGCGCAAGCUGGUGGGCUUCAAGCAGUCCGCCCUGGCGAUCUCAGCCGCCUUUGCGAAGGGGAUGUCCUCGCCGAUGAAGUUGAGGAUAUGA